AUGGCCUCGGAGCACAUCGAGAAGUGCGGAAACAGCUUGAACAUCAAGUUUGUACAGAACCCUCAGGUUCCCCAGGGGUCUCGUCAUCCUCUCAACUUCGCACGAGAGGUUGUUGCUCGUCUCCUCGGGAUGCCGGAGAGAGCAGACUGGAAGGACUGCGCGCUCAGCAUCGAGGACGAGAAGCGGAUGGCCGAGAACUUCAAGAAGCUCUUCGAGCCCUACGACUGGAGCCUCAAGGAGGAGACCUGA